UUGAUAGUAAAUACAUGAUAUUCAAAAUUGAAUAUUUCUAUUAUUUGAUUUUUCAUCCAAUGACUAUACAUUUUUUUUAUUUUUAUGGAAAUACAGGAAAAAACUCUAUGGAAAAAUGGUGGUUCAAUUCUAGGUUACUUAAUAGGAAGUUCGAAUACAGGUGUGAAUUAAGUAAAUCAAUGGAGAGUCUUGGUCCUAUUGAGAAUACCAGUCUAAGCGAAGAACCCAAAAUUUUAACUGAUAUAGAUAAAAAAAUUCAGAGGUGGGAUGAUCGUCAUAAUUCUAGUUAUAAUUAUUUUGAUUAUUUAGUAGGUGCUGAUAACAUACAGGAUUUCCUAUCUGAUAAAACUUUUUUAGUUAGGGAUAAUAAGAGGAACAGUUAUUCCAUAUAUUUAGAUAUUGAAAAGAAAACUUUGGAGAUUAACCACAAUCAUUCUUUUCUAAGUGAACAAGAAAAUUUUUUUUCUAGCUAUCUGAAUACUGUUAUUAAGAGUGAUUACGAUCAUUCCAUGUAUGAUACUCCUUUUAGUUGGAACAAUUAUAUUAAUAGUUGCAUUGAUAGUUAUUUUCAUUCUCAAAUCUGUGUUGAUAGUUGCAUUUUUGUUGAUAUAGACAAAUACAAUGACAGUUCUUUUUAUAGCUACUUUUUUGGUAAGGGCAGAAAUGGUAGUGAAAGUGAGAAUUAUAGUUUUAGUUUAAUAACUAGUACGAAUGAUACCAAUGAUAGUGAUUCCACUCUAGGAGAAAAUUAUAAGAAUCUCCAUGAAAGUGAAAAAUUGACGCAUUUGUGGAUUGAAUGCGAAAAUUGUUAUGAAUUAAAUUAUAAAAAAUUUUGGAAAUCCAAAAUGAAUAUUUGUGAAUACUGUGGAUAUCAUUUGAAAAUGGACAGUUCAGAUAGAAUCGAAUUUUCGAUUGAUUCGGGUACUUGGAAUCCUAUGGAUGAAGACAUGGUUUCUCUGGAUCCCAUUGAAUUUCAUUCAGAAGAAGAACCUUAUAAAGAUCGUAUUAAUUCUUAUCAAAGAAAAACAGGAUUAACUGAGGCUGUUCAAACAGGGACAGGUCAAGUAAAUGGUAUUCCUGUAGCAAUUGGUAUUAUGGAUUUUAAGUUUAUGGGAGGUAGCAUGGGAUCCGUAGUAGGUGAGAAAAUCACCCGUUUGGUAGAAUAUGCUACUAAUCAACUUUUACCUCUUAUUCUCGUAUGUUCGUCCGGAGGAGCGCGUAUGCAAGAAGGAAGUUUGAGCUUGAUGCAAAUGGCUAAAAUUUCUUCUGCUUUAUAUUAUUAUCAAAAAAUUCAAAAAUUAUUCUAUGUAUCGAUACUUACAUCUCCUACUACCGGUGGAGUGACAGCUAGUUUUGGCAUGUUGGGGGAUAUCAUUAUUGCCGAACCAAACACUUAUAUUGCAUUUGCUGGUAAAAGAGUAAUUGAACAAACAUUGAAUAAGACAGUGCCCGAAGAUUCACAAGUAGCUGAAUAUUUAUUCCAUAAGGGUUUAAUUGAUUCAAUCGUACCGCGUAAUCUUUUAAAGGGAGUUGUAACUGAGUUAUUUCAAUUCCAUAAUUUCUUUUCUUUGACUAAAAAUGAAAGAAAUUAUGGAAUUGAAAUAAAAAAUAAAAACAUACAGGAUCAAAAUAAUAAAAUAAAAGAAUAAUAAAAAAUACUAAGAAUAAGAAAAGGGUAUAUUAUGAUAUAUAUCGGCUUAGCUAUAAUCACUAGAAUUCCUAUAUACUAAGUAUAAAGAUAUAGGAAUUCUAGUGAUUAUAUACUGUCUUUUUUAAUAAAAAUAAGAAUAAAAAUCGACAAAAAUAAAAAUAGAUAUAGUACAAAUAGUCAAUCGAGGUACCCUUAUUUAUGAUAAACUUUCCUUCCAUUUUUGUUCCUUUAGUGGGUCUAGUAUUUCCGGCAAUUGCAAUGGCUUCUUUAUUUCUUCAUGUUCAAAAAAACAAGAUUUUUUAGAUACGGCGGUCAGUAGGGAAAAAUAUUCUAGAUAUUUUUUUGAGAGCUGGAAGCAAUUGGAUGAAUUCCCCCUAAAGGUUUACAUUUCAGUAGCGCCAGUUGAUGAAAAUUACUUUAGAAACAAGUAAAAUUCUGGGGUUUUUUAUUCCACAAUUAUUAUUCUUAAAAAUAAAAAGAGGGGGUAAUGAAUAUUUUAAAAAAAA